UUUCUGUAUUCCCCAAAUGACCUCUCAAUCUUUGAAAUAUUUUCAUCUUCCGCCUCCCCACCAAACAGUGACACUUGUUCCCAACUGUGACACUUGUUAGUGGCUGCUUCUCUGAGUUUGCAUGAACUCUACCGAACAUCCUUAAUACCCAAGUCCCCAAAUUCACAAAUCAGAACAUAAACAAUCCAAUCUCUCUCUUCUUUCUUUCUCUCCAAUUUUCUUUUCCCGGAAAAUUUCACAUUCUUGGGUUCUGGGUCCCUUUCAAUCUCGAAAAUGAGGUGGGAAAAGUUGCAGAUACAGAGCACGGUAGGGGAAGGAUGUGGGCCAGGAAAGAGGUGGGGACACACCUGCAACGCCAUUAGAGGGGGAAAGCUUCUCUACGUUUUCGGUGGUUAUGGCAAAGAUGAGUGUCGCACCAAUCAAGUACACGUCUUGGACACUGGUGACAGUCUUCAAGCAAUUCUGGCUACACGGGCAUGGAGUCAACCUCUGAUAAAAGGCACACCACCGGUGCCCAGGGACAGCCAUAGCUGUACCACUGUUGCUGAUAAUCUGUUUGUGUUUGGGGGUACAGAUGGAAUGAACCCUCUUAAGGAUUUGCAUAUCUUAGACACCUCAUCAAAUACAUGGAUCUCACCAACUGUAAGAGGUGAGGUACCAGAGGCACGGGAAGGCCACAGCGCGGCACUAAUUGGCAAACGACUUUUCAUAUUUGGUGGCUGCGGAAAAUCUUCAGAUAAUGCAGAUGAAAAGCUUUAUGAUGAUCUCUACAUUUUGAAUACGGAGAACAAAGUGGAAAAGAAAAGGUUAUUACUCACCUUCCUCCUCGUUUGUGUAGAAACUUUUGUAUGGACAUGUGCUGUAACAUCAGGUGCUCCUCCACCUAAGUGCGAUAGCCAUACAUGCUCAUCUUGGAAGAACAAAAUCAUCGUAAUUGGUGGUGAAGACGCAUAUUAUCUCUCUGAUGUUCAUAUCCUUGAUGCAGAUACUCUUAUGUGGGGGAAGCUGAACACUUCAGGCCAACUCUUGCCACCUCGAGCUGGGCAUACAACUGUUGCCUUGGGAAAGAACUUGUUUGUCUUUGGGGGUUUCACUGAUGAGUCGAGCCUAUAUGAUGACAUUCAUAUGCUUGAUGUCGAUACUGGUGUGUGGACCAAGGUGAUGUCUGCUACAGGUGAGGGGCCUUCUCCUAGAUUUUCCAUGGCCGGGGACAGUUUGGAUCCACAAAAAGGUGGUGUUUUUGUAUUCAUUGGUGGUUGUAGUAAGAAUCUUGAAGCAUUGGAUGACAUGUAUUACUUUCACACAGGACUUGCAAGGGAAAAUGAGCGAGAUGAACGACGGGUGGAGAAGUUGUCUUUGAGGAAGCAGCUGAAGUUAAUGUGUCAACAACAAAAUAUACUUGCUUCCCCUGUAAAUGAUAAGGCACUGAUCAGAACUGAGACCAACUCUGAGCUCUUCCAACCCACGUCCACGCCAAGUAUAGAAGCAAGCAAACGUAAUAUAUCUUUGAGGGAAUACCAUCCUUUUCCAGGGAAGAGGGCAUUUCGAGCCAAGGUGACCAAAAACUUCCCAGUUGGUUUCUCAAUUGAAACUUUCAUUGACGGAAAGCUUCUUCGUGGGGUAUUGUUUACCAACAAGUUACGCUUUUACCAUCCAAACAAUGACUCUAAAAGGAAAAAGGGAGCUGUGAAAACCGAUGGUUUUAAGCUAAAUGAUGAUCAAAAAUCUAACUCGGAAACUGCAAGACCAAUCACACAGGAUAAAAUAGAUGAUGGGAAGGUAGAUGCUGUUCAUGGAAUGAGUCCGGCACCUUCUGAUGCUUCUCAGCCCCGUGAGAUAGGGCAGGGCAUAAUUGCUUGAAGCAGUUGGUGAUAACUAAAAUUAACAAACCAGUCUUUGUACAUUUGUCACUCCAAGGUGGCCAUAGAUGCAGUUGACAGGUCAUUAUAGAGUUUGUUCUUCCAAACUGGUGAGAUAUGAGUUUAAUCCAUAAUAGACUUUAGUUCUAUGUAUUGUCUUUCUUCUAAAACUUCAGUACAGUUACUGCUUCGGAUUCAACUACAUCAUACACUCAGAUCUUUCAAGAAAAAAAGUUUUGCUCAUUACAAUGUUGGUGAUUGUUGUGAAUGUAUUUCUAAUAGUAGUAGACUUUAUUUGCUGUUGUGGCCAUAAUUCUCGAAGUUGCUUUGGAUA